CGGGCCUUCCCGUCCAUUGUUCUCGGGGCCCCUCGGGCUGGAGCCGCCGAAGAUCCGCAGAGGCCGGCAGUGCCUGGGGCGCUUUGCGCGCGGAGCGUCCGCCGGAGCGGACUCGGCCUCCGGACAGCCAGACUACCUGUUGAAAUUUGAGGAGGGCCUGGCUGGAGAAGACUGAAGUUCAAGGCCAGAAGCCUGAGCCAUUGCCCGAAGAUUGUGGAUGAUGGCUGCAGAGGUGCCGAGGGUAACCCCUCCCCUGAGCUCCUUGGUCCAGGUGCCUCGAGAGGAAGACGAGCAGGAGGCAGAGGUCACCACCAUGAUCCUGGAGGGCGACUCUUGGGUGCAGGAAGCAGUACUGCAGGAGGAGGGCCCCGAGUCCCUGUCCUUCUCCCAGAGCGCCGGCAAGGGCAGCCCGCGCGAGGCGGCGGCAGGGGGGCCGCAGGGGGCUCUCAGCCGCCUUCGGGAGCUCUGCCGGCGCUGGCUGAGGCCAGAGGUGCACACCAAGGAGCAGAUGCUGACCCUGCUGCCGAGGGAAAUUCAGGCCUGGCUGCAAGAGCACCGACCCGAAAGCGGCGAGGAGGCAGCGGCCCUGGUGGAAGACUUGACCCAGACCCUGCGAGGCAGUGAUUUUGAGAUCCAGAGUGAAAAUUGCAACAACUCUAAUCAAGACAUAUUUGAGGAUGUUGAAGCACAUGAGAUGUUCUCAGAAAUGCCUGAAGGGGAAGGCGUUCGGCAAUCUGAUUGGGAAAGUGACUUUCAGAGAGACUGUGGCUCCAGGGGGCCCCAGGGAAAUGCCCCAGGUGAGGACCCCGGGGAGGUACCAUCCCAAGGCAGGGAAGUUGGACAGCUCAUUGGCCUUCAGGGCACCUACUUGGGUGAGAAGCCCUAUGAAUGUCCCCAGUGUGGGAAAACCUUCAGCCGGAAAUCCCACCUGAUCACACAUGAGCGGACCCACACGGGAGAGAAAUAUUACAAAUGCAACGAAUGUGGGAAAAGCUUUAGCGAUGGUUCAAACUUCAGUAGACACCAAACUACUCACACUGGGGAGAAACCUUACAAAUGCAGGGAUUGUGGGAAAAGCUUUAGCCGGAGCGCAAACCUCAUCACGCACCAGAGGAUCCACACAGGAGAAAAGCCCUUCCAGUGUGCCGAGUGCGGCAAGAGCUUCAGCAGGAGCCCCAAUCUCAUCGCUCAUCAGCGAACCCACACAGGAGAGAAGCCGUACUCAUGCCGCGAGUGUGGCAAGGGCUUCGGCAACCGGUCCAGCCUUAAUACGCAUCAGGGAAUCCACACCGGGGAGAAGCCCUACGAAUGUAAAGAAUGUGGUGAAAGCUUUAGUUACAACUCCAACCUGAUCAGACACCAGAGGAUCCACACGGGGGAGAAACCGUACAAAUGUCCCGACUGUGGGCAGAGGUUCAGUCAGAGCUCCGCCCUCAUCACCCACCGCAGGACUCACACUGGAGAGAAGCCCUAUCAGUGCAGCGAGUGCGGGAAAAGCUUCAGUCGCAGCUCCAACCUGGCCACGCACCGGAGGACGCACAUGGCUGAGAAGCCCUAUAAGUGUGGGGAGUGUGGGAAGAGCUUCAGCCAGAGCUCCAGCCUCAUCGCCCACCAGGGCGUGCACACGGGCGAGAGGCCCUACGAGUGCCUGACAUGCGGGGAGAGCUUCAGCUGGAGCUCCAACCUCAUCAAGCACCAGAGGACUCACACGGGCGAGAAGCCCUACAAAUGCGGCGACUGUGGGAAAUGCUUCAGCCAGCGCUCUCAGCUGGUGGUGCACCAGCGGACCCACACAGGCGAGAAGCCCUACAAAUGCCUCAUGUGUGGCAAGAGCUUCAGCCGGGGCUCCAUCCUGGUCAUGCACCAGAGGGCCCACUUGGGGGACAAGCCGUACAGGUGUCCUGAAUGUGGGAAAGGCUUUAGCUGGAAUUCAGUUCUCAUUAUACAUCAGCGAAUCCACACGGGGGAGAAGCCUUACAAAUGCCCAGAGUGUGGCAAGGGCUUCAGCAACAGCUCCAAUUUCAUUACACAUCAGAGGACUCACAUGAAAGAGAAGGUUUACUGA